ACCAAAGGCCCAGAAUGCUGUAUUCCUUUGACUCUCUCCGAUGGCUUCCCAUUCUUUCACACCCAGCAAUUUAAGUCUCCGCCUUCACUAUUCCACCAAACCCACAUUCAAUUCGGGUCUCAUAUCAUCAAAUCGGUUUCUAUUAACGAUACCCACAACCCGAUUUUCUCCAUCAAUUCGCUCCAUGGGUUCUUCGUCUUCUUCAUCGCAGAAACCAGACGCCACAGCUCAAGAAGCGGGGAAGAUGGAUUAUAAAUCUGUUAGUGAUCAAGAAUGGAAGAAGAAACUCACUGGGGAUCAGUUUUAUGUAACUCGACAAAAAGGAACAGAAAGGGCAUUCACUGGGGAAUACUGGAACACGAAAACCAAGGGAACGUACCAUUGCAUUUGUUGCGAUACUCCACUGUUCGAGUCGUCCACAAAGUUCGAUAGCGGAACUGGUUGGCCAUCGUACUAUGAGCCAAUAGGAAGUAACGUGAAGUCGAAGCUAGACCUAUCGAUCAUCUUCAUGCCUCGACAGGAAGUUGUGUGUGCAGUUUGUGAUGCUCAUCUUGGUCAUGUCUUUGAUGAUGGUCCUCCACCCACCGGGAAACGUUAUUGCAUCAAUAGUGUUUCCCUGAAGAUGAAGGCCAACUAGGAGCCAGCCAAUAAUAGCCCAUGGCAUAAAGCAUUUUCCCAUUCUUUUUGUGUUGUAUAUAUAUACAAUAUUUAUAUACGAUAAAUAGAACAAAUAAACUUACACAUCCUCCUUACUUUUGUUGAGGUUUGAAUCCUUGACUUCCUAGGAGGCUAAUGACUCACAUAGCGUUAGGACAAAUGCCCUUUGGUUUCAGAUUCAUUUCUUGAUGUUUAAUAGUUGCUGAAUACU